AUGAUGAAAGAAGGCAGAACCAGGCCCUACUAUGGUGAAACAUCCCUAAAGUCCGCGGAGUCUCCGUUCAGCAAAGGGAUCAUGGAAGCUCCAUUGCCUAGUAGAUUCAAGAUGCUCACCUUUGAGAGAUACGAAGGUUUGUCUAACCCCAUUGAUCACCUGGAAAAUUUCAAAAUGUUAAUGCAGCUGCAAGGGGCUCCUGACGCCAUCAUGUGCCGAGCGUUUGCUACCACCCUUAAGAGUACCGCCAGAGACUGGUAUCGAACUCUUCGACCAGGAUCUGUUGGUUCCUUCCAAGGGAUGGAGCAAAUGUUCAUCAGCCACUUCCUUAGUAGCCGGAGAGUUGCCAAAACAACAGGUCAUCUAAUGAAUAUGGUGCAAGGGGACCGGGAGACUUUAAAGAACUUCAUGCACCGGUUCAACACAGCGACCCUAGAAAUCCGCAACUUAGACAUGGGGGUAGCCUUGGCCGCCCUGACAACGGCCCUCCAUACCAAUAGCGAGGAGCUCAGAUCAGAAAUAGACCUAUUGGAAGAGAGACAGGAUCAGGCGAGUGUAAAAGUUGCCGCGUACCAGCAGAGGGUAGCAAAGUACUACAACCACCGCGUGAAAGUACGGAAUUUUCAGCCAGGAGACUUAGUCCUGAGGAAGAGGCGAAACAACCCGUCCGAGCCAGGGUCGCACAAGCUAAAACCUAACUGGGAGGGCCCAUACAAGGUCACCACUGAGAUAAAACCCGGGACCUACAAGUUGGAAGAAGUAGGGGGGAAAGAAAUCAAGAACACGUGGAAUUCCGAAAUGUUGAAGAAAUAUUAUUCUUAA